CAUCUUACGCCUGACGGGAAAUCAUAACAUGUCCCGACGCUAUCAUUUGAAUUCAACUCCAUUUCAUGCAUGCAUGCAUGCAUCACAAACAAGAUAGAGUCAUCGCCACCAAGUGAUCCAUCCUAUCUUUCCCCUCGAAUCGGAUGGUGUUCGAUUAAAUCAAAAUGUCUUAUUACAUGCAUGAGACGGUGGACGGCCUGACCCUCUGAUCACCGACCCCUCAUUAAAAUUUCAUAUCUUACAAUAAACAAUUCUUUCCUUAAAAGACCAAUUGGAAUCAUCUCACCUCAUUCGGAGGCUCCAUUAGCCCGAUGACUCGAUUUUCUCCUCUCGUUCUGCGAAGAUAUUUACUUGGGCGCCAAAUCAAUUCAACAGGUUGUCUUCGUCAUAGAGUAAUUGGUGGUGGUAACAAAUUAACAUCCAUCUACGCCUCAAGAUCUCGGGCAAUACAAGAAUUACAUACAGACACAGAAUCGGCAUCUUCUUCCUCUUCCUCCUCCUCCUCCUCCUCUUCCUCCUCCUCCUCCUCCUCCUCCUCCUCCUCCUCCUCCUCGAAUCACAGCAUCCAAAAUUCAUUCAAAGCAGCGCGCAAACAAUUGAAAGAUGAAGGAACAGGGCGAAAUAUAGAAAAGUUACAAAGUCUCGAGGAAUGGGAGUUGACAGUGGGAAUUGAAAUACAUGCACAAUUAAAUACCGAACGAAAACUUUUCUCCUACGCUGCCUCAACGAUAAACGAUACGCCCAAUACACAUGUCGCAUAUUUCGAUUUAGCUCUUCCGGGCUCUAUGCCCAUAUUUCAAAAAGAAACUCUUAUCCCUGCUAUUCGAGGAGCAUUGGCUUUGAAUUGUAAGAUUCAACCAAAGAGUCGCUUUGAUCGCAAACAUUAUUUUCAUUGGGAUCAACCUGCCGGGUAUCAAAUUACGCAAUACUACGAACCUUUUGCGAAAGAUGGAUAUAUUACAUUAUAUGAACAUGAUGGAAUUGCAGAGGAAGAUGGGAAAGAAAUACGGAUAGGCAUUAAACAAGUACAAAUGGAACAAGAUACCGCCAAAACCAUUUCUCAACCGGGGGAUAGACAUUUGUUGGAUUUCAACCGUGUAGGAUUACCUUUGAUUGAAAUUAUUUCUUUACCUCAGAUUCAUCAUCCCAGUACUGCGGCGGCAUUUGUCAGAAAGGUACAAAUGUUGUUGAACUCGGUUGAUGCUUGUGUUUUGGGUAUGCAAUCUGGUGGAUUAAGAGCAGAUGUUAAUGUAUCUGUGAGAAGAAGAACAGAAGAAGGAAAUAAUGAAUAUGCAGGCGUUCAAGGACUUGGGCAGAGAACCGAGAUCAAAAAUUUGAGUAGUUUCAAAUCUAUUGAGGAUGCUAUUAUAGCAGAAAGGGAUAGACAGAUUUCCAUUCUUGAAGCAGGUGGAGUUAUUGAAGGGGAAACUAGAGGAUACGCAAUUGGAAGUUCGGAGACACGAAGACUUCGUGGAAAAGAAGGUGAAGUGGAUUAUAGAUACAUGCCAGAUCCAGAUCUAGCCCCUGUUAUUAUCGAUGAAAAACUUACACAACAUCUUGGUGCUACACUCGGCGUCUUACCUGAUGAAGAAUUGGGAAUCCUAGAAUCGGAAUACGGUAUCACGAUUAAAGAUGCUAUUGAUUUAGUGUCUUUGAAUGAUGGAGGACGGGUCGAAUAUUUUCGUAAUGUAGUGGAUGUUUUGAAAUCAUUGAAUCCCAAUGAACCUCAAACGAAAUUGGGAAAAUGGGCAAACAAUUGGGUUUUACAUGAAUUAGGUGCACUGAUAUCAGAUUACACCGAAGAAGAAAAUCCUUUAAAAUUCUCAAAUCAAGGAGCCUGUCUCAUUCCACCUUCUCAAUUGGGAAAUCUAAUACAUUAUCUCAACCAAGAUAAAAUUACAGGGAAAACGGCGAAAAAGGUCUUGAAAAUGCUAUUUGAGAAUUCACAAGCGGGAAGUCAAAAUCAAAAUGGAAAUGAAGAUGGAAAUGAAAAUGACAAUGAUAAUUCGGUGGAAAAGAUUAUAGAGAAUAGGAAUUGGUGGUUGAGGAAAAUGGAAAAAGAGGAAUAUGAGGAUUGUGAAGAGGAUUAGAAAGGAGAAAAUUGGGAAGAUUAAUUUUGUUGGGAUAAAAUUAAAAACAAAAUUGGAAAGAUUGUGGAGGGUUUAAGGGAGAGGGAUGUAAAGAGGUUGAGAGAGAGAAGAGGGGUGGUUAAGGUAGUGUUU